AUGGCCUCAUCUAGCUACUCUAACUCUCCUUGUGAUGCCUGCAAGUUCUUAAGAAAAUGCAUGAUGGAUUGCAUUUUCUCCCCAUAUUUCCCUCCAAAAGAGCCUCAGAAGUUCGCCAAUAUGCACAAGAUAUUUGGAGCAUGCAACGUGAGCAAGCUUCAAAAUGAGGUGCAGCCCUACCAGAGGGAGGAUGCAGUGAACUCACUGGCCUAUGAAGCCGAGGCAUGGAUAGAGGAUCCGGUUUAUGGUUGUGUUGGGGCAAUCUCAGUGCUAUUAAAAGUGCAAAUAUUGCACCAACACAGGGAAAGAACCUUUGUCCAAAUGUAA